AAUGUGAAUUUUUUCCAAUUAUGUCCGAAUAAGAAUUUUUAUCAACUUUCACAUAACUGGCAAAAAUGGUUCUGGAAAGCACAGUUGUCUGUGUUGAUAGCAGUGAUUAUAUGAGAAAUGGAGACUUUGUUCCAACACGAUUUCAAGCUCAGCAAGAUGCUGUCAAUCUUGUGUGCCACUCCAAAACCCGCUCCAACCCUGAAAAUAAUGUUGGACUAAUUUCUAUGGGGAGUUCUGUAGAUGUCUUGGUUACCUUGACAACAGAUGUAGGCCGUCUUCUAAGUAAACUGCAUCAAGUGCAACCCAAAGGCAACAUAAAGUUCAACACUGGAGUCAAAGUUGCUCAUCUUGCACUAAAACACAGACAAGGAAGGAAUCACAAGAUGAGAAUCGUGGUCUUUGUUGGCAGCCCUAUUGAGGAUGAUGAAAAAGAGAUGGUGAAACUGGCAAAGAAACUCAAGAAAGAAAAAGUCAACAUUGACAUUAUUAAUUUUGGUGAAGAGCAAUUAAAUACAGAUAAGCUGACAACAUUUAUCAAUACCAUCAAUGGAAAAGAUGGUAACAGCUGUCAUUUGGUGACGGUCCCCCCGGGCCCUAUGCUGUCCGAGGCUCUGAUGAACUCCCCCGUCCUGGUGGGAGAGGAUGGCUCCGGAGCCGGACUCUCGGCUGUCGGAUUCGAAUUUGGAGUGGAUCCAAACGAAGAUCCAGAAUUAGCACUGGCAUUACGUGUCUCCAUGGAGGAGCAGAGAGCCAGACAGGAGGACGAAGCUAAGAAGGCUAAUCCGGCCGCUCCAACUGAAUCCGCAUCUCAGCCGACAGAAGCAGGAGGGAACAAUGAGGAAGCUAUGUUGGAGCAGGCCUUGGCGAUGUCUGUACAGCAGGAGACUGGAGAUCAGCCUACACCCAGUGUACCAGACUUUGGUUCAAUGACGGAGGAGGAACAGAUAGCGUACGCCAUGCAGAUGUCACUGUCAAACUCCGCUGCCCAGACAACUGAAAAUACCCCAGCCCCUAUGGAUGUCGAUAGCGAAGAAAAAUCAGCUGAUGAUAAAAAAGCAGCGGAUGAGGACUACUCGGAUGUGAUGAAUGACCCCGCCUUCCUCCAACAGGUGUUAGAAAACCUCCCCGGGGUAGACCCCCACGACGAAGCCAUACAAAGUGCCGUUAGUUCUAUGACAAAAGAUGGAAGUAAAAAAGACGAUCAAAAUAAGAAAGAUUCUAAAUAGACAUCUGUUUAGUACAAUCCCAUAUCCUUCUCUGUAUUGUCAUUUUUUGUGAGGCUAAAGAGCAGUCAUUUGUUCAUAAUACUUGUAUAUUUGACAUUUGAAUAAUUUUCAUUAAAAUAUUGAAAGUUAGAAAAUGAAAA